AACGUUAUGAUUCCAAUUUUGUAAUACUCUCUUCUUUAACUUAUCCUCCUUUCUCUCAUCUUUCCCUCACUCUCUCUAUAUAUGUAUAUCCAGUGAGCUUUGCCUGCACAAAGAGGCAGCUGAAAAUGGAGGUAACCAACAGGUACAUUACUAUAAAAUCCCCCCUCGACGACGGAGAACCGAAAGAGUCAGACUUUGAGGUCAAAACUUCACCCCUUACUCUAUCAGUUUCCGCUGGUUCCACUGAUGUCAUCGUGAAAAAUCUCUAUGUGUCGAUCGAUCCGUACCAGCUCAACCGCAUGAAAAGGUUCAACUCCUCCCACAAAACCAUAAAUUAUGCAGCUGCCGUCGCCCCAGGAGAUGAAAUUGAUGCUUAUGGUGUGGCAAAAGUUGUGGCUUCUGGGAAUCCAGAGUUUGAGAAGGAUGACUUGGUUGUGGGGUUCAUCAGUUGGGGAGAGUACACUGUUCUAAAAAAAGGGACCAUGUUUAGGAAAUUUGAUCCUUUUGGAUUUCCACUUUCUUAUCAAGUUGGAAUUUUAGGUUUUAGUGGACUUACAGCAUAUGGGGGAUUUUUUGAAGUGUGCAAGCCUAAAAAGGGGGAGAAAGUUUUCGUAUCUGCAGCUUCUGGAUCGGUUGGAAAUUUGGUCGGACAGUACGCAAAACUCUUCGGUUGCUAUGUUGUUGGCUGUGCCGGAAGCAAAGAAAAGGUCACAUUGCUCAAGGGAAAGCUCGGAUUCGAUGAUGCCUUCAACUACAAGGAAGAGCCUGAUUUAAAGUCAACUCUCAAAAAGUACUUCCCGGAUGGGAUUGAUAUAUAUUUUGACAAUGUGGGAGCUGAGAUGCUGGAAGCAGCAGUUGAGAACAUGAACACCUUCGGUAGGGUUGCUGUCUGCGGCGUGAUUUCUGAGUACACAGAUGCCGGAAAGCGAGCUGCGCCAAAUAUGCUAGACGUUGUUUACAAGAGAAUUAAGAUCCAAGGGUUUUUAGCACCUGAUCUCAUGAAUGUGUACUUUGAUUUUAUCUCCACCACCGUGGAUCAUCUUCGCACGGGCAAUUUGCAAGCAGUUGAAGACAUCUCGUGUGGUUUGGAGAGUUUUCCAUCUGCUUUCAUUGGACUUUUUCGGGGUCAUAACACCGGAAAGAAAAUGAUUAAGGUUGCAGAUGAGUGAACAUAUGAUAUGAAUCUCUCAUUGUUGUUUGGUUUUACCUCCA